AUGGCAAUCGCUGGGGAAUCGAAGAUCGCAAAUGCCGAGGAAUACGACACAGGAAGCAAUGAUUCCGGCGAAGUGGGUAGGAUGCAUGCCAGUGCGCUGGGAGGCACAGCUCACGACGCCGAGGACAUGCAGCGGAUGGGGAAGAAACAAGAGCUUCGGAGAAAUUUCCGACUGAUCUCCAUCAUCGGAUUCGUGGUUGUCCUCCAGUCAACAUGGGAAAGUGCUCUGAUCUCAGCUUACUUCGGGCUGUUCAAUGGGGGCACAGCAGGAGUCAUCUGGAUGAUGAUUAUCACAUGGGUCUUCGUCCUGGCUAUGAUUGCUUCGCUUGCCGAGAUGGCCUCCAUGGCCCCAACUGCCGGUGGACAAUACCAUUGGGUCAGCGAGUUCGCGCCGCCAUCAUUCCAAAAGUCGCUUAGUUACAUCGUGGGAUGGGCUGCGGCUGUCGGCUGGGUCAGCGGGAUCCCUGCUUGUGCGCAGAUGCUUUCGAGUCUCGUCAUCGGAAUGGUCCUCCUCGCGUACCCUGACGCCCAGAUUGGAGAACUAUGGCAUGUCACACUGUUGAUGAUGCUCUGGCUAUUCCUCAUGAUCGGUUUCAACAUCUUUUUGGCGCAGCAUCUUCCCCUCGCUGAAGGUAUUGUGCUAGUCUUGCACGUCUUUGCCUUCUUCGCGUUUCUGAUUCUAUUCUGGACUAUGGCAGAGCGUCUUCCGGCGGAAGAAGUGUUCACCACUUGGACAAAUGGUGGAGAAUGGAGCUCGAGGGCGCGUGUCUGCUCUGACGCGGGCGCACAUAUGUCUGAGGAGUUAAAAGACGCCUCCGUGGUGCUUCCGAAAGCUAUGAUGUGGGCUGUUUUCUUCAACGGCAUCUUCGGAUGCAUCAUGAUGAUUACCUUCGUAAUGUGCGGCGGUGCUCUCGAUUCGGUUCUCGAAUCGCCGACCGGGCAGCCUGUACUUCAGGCCGUUUACAAUGCGACAGGCUCUAUCGCCGGCACGGAGGUCAUGGGUGCUCUUCUCGUCAUCCUCGUCUUCUUUGCAGCCGUAUCCGUUACUGCUGCGUCUUCCCGCCAGAUCUGGGCAUUUGCACGCGACAGGGGACUUCCGUUCUCUGCAUGGAUCGAGCGAGUGCCAGCCGGUUGGGACAUUCCCGUCAACGCGCUACUUGUCUGUCUCGGAUCCUCGCUCGUGCUCGCAUGCAUCAACUUCGGAUCGGACGUUACGUUGAACGCCAUCGUCUCCAUCUCGAACGCAGCUCUCAUCUUCUCCUACAUCAUAUCGAUUGGAUGCGUGCGCUUGAAGCGCAUCGUCAACGACCUCGCUCUUGCCUUUCUGGUCGUCUCUUUCAUCUUCUCGUUCUUCCCCAUAGUGCCCAACCCUUCAGCUACGGACAUGAACUGGGCGUCGCUUAUGUUUGGCGCUAUGGCGAUCAUUGCCACGGUCAAUUAUUUCGUCAGCGCGCGGAGAGUUACAUCGCGCCUGUUUCGCUUCGUUCUUGUGGUCAUUGCCUCACGAACAUCCAUCUUUUAA